UUCCAUAGAGCAGUGACCAACAAGAGUGAAGCUCGACAACAAGAUUACGCUGGUGCAUAUCAACGGCUCCGUCGGAGUGAACUUUUUUUUACUUCUACUCGAUGAUCUCGCAAAGAUCCAGAAUCCGGCAUCCAGUGUUUGGCGGAGACAAGUGUGAUAAAAGUGUCGUAUCUACUCAUCCAUCCGGUAUACUUAAGCCUCCCCGUUUACUGGCCACUAGUAGCGUGCUCUGGUGUAUGGUUUCAGAUAUUCUCAACGCUUACAACUGAUAAGCUGUCCAGUUAUAGAGCUGAAUUCCUCUGAGUGUUUUCUAGUCGAGAGGGAGAGAAAGACUUUAUGGAUUAAUAUCAUCGAAACAAUCAGUUCUGUGAUAUGUUUUUUUCUUCGUUUUAUUAUUUUGUGAAGCCUCACUCUCAGCUGUUCGUUGACUAUAUAGUUGAAUCAUUAUCAUAAAGGCUGAUGGCUGAUGUACAGAGCUCAUUUUUAUGUAGUGAUAACUGAUAGCAGCACGUAGUAGGUUGUUUUUUUUCGUUCCGUUCUUUAUUUUGGCUGAAGUGAAAUUCAUUGUUUGACCCAACGACAAUCCAGGGACUGUUAUCAGUGUUUUUCGUGCAUUGUUCCACAAAAUUUGGUGAUCAUCACAAGCUGUCGUCACACAGCAGACGACAAAAGAUUGAACGUGUUUUUGCCCAAUAAUGAAUCGUUUCCGUUGCGAUGAUCACUGACGUGAAAGAUCAGCGAAGGUCAACGAAUCAAAAUCCAAGUGUGAAGUGGAUAGUGCUAAACGUUCUGAUAUAAAAUAAAAUAUCCAAAAAAUUACAUCACCAAGCAGGGGAUACGAUGAGUCUGGACACGAUGCAGGACCUGGUGAAAAAGUAUAAAAAUUGGAAAUCAUACAUUAAGUUUGUAAAGCUUGUCUCGGACGGGGCCAUGGAAGACGAAACGAUCUUCGGCGAGAAACAGUCCAUCCGGGACUCGGCGAAGACGCUCAAAAAGUACGGGAGCAUAUCGACCGGCGGUAGCACCGGAAGCAGUCGAUCUCCGGUGGCCGCAAGCACAGAGGCCCUCAUCCGGCACGACGUGGACCGAACCGAUACGCUACAGGGCAUCGCCCUCAAGUAUGGAUGCAGUAUGGAACAAAUUCGCAGAAUAAACCGUCUGCUACCGACGGAUACCAUUUUCCUGCGAACGUUCCUCAUGAUUCCAGUCGAAAAAGAUUCCCCAUUCUAUCCGAAGGACCCGGCGGCUAUCAUUCGCCCCAACUCGCUUUCGGUGCGCUCGGCUUCCCUGGCCGGUGGUCCGUCCACAUCGUCCGGCAGUUCCACACCGAUGGAUCCCGGGAUAAGCGAAGAAUCGUCAUCCGGUGCCGCCAUUUCUCCCGAGGAGGAGAGUCGCAAAAACAUGGAAGAGUUCCUAGGGAAAAUAGACUCGUCGAUCGCCUCGAUGAGGAAGUACAUUGCCGAAUCCCAGCGAAACAGUGAGUUCAUUUCGAGCCAGAGCGACGACAAUAUAUUCAGCUCCGGGGCCAGUAUGAAUAGUAGCGGGUACUACUCGAAGCCCCGGGCGUACUCGACCGCUUCCUCCUCGUCGUCAAUCUCGUCAUAUCAGCAGUAUCACUUUCAAGGUGGAGCUGGCGGAAGUGGUGUUUCGUCAUCCGCACAUCACCACCAGCCGAACCACAAACGACAGAGCUCGUCCGGCAGUACCGCUUCCGAUACCAGUCAGUUGAUAGUGAUGACUCAGGGCAAACGGGUGCAAAGUUCGCUUCAGAAGCUGGAAAAGCAACAGGACGAACUGUUCGAGUUGUAGCAGCAAUGCUCACAUCUGACCCAAUCUAAUAGUGUUUGUUCCUUGGAAGACGAUUGUGAGUCCGUAUCAUCUAGAAUAGAACUUCAAAUGUUGGUCGACUGUCGCCGGCCAGCCCACGAUCGCUACCAUUGUUGGAUAAACUUUGGCGGCAGUACUUUGCGGUAUCAUCGAGCUAUGUCAUCUUCAUCACCAUACUUUUCCUUCCGUCGGCUGGCUACCUCCUUUGGUGCAGGAUUCAAAUCACGCUUCAACAGUAUGCUGGCACUACUGAUGCGCACUCAGCAGCACAGCGACGCAUCGAACCGGCAAAGGCAGCUUCAGUACAAUCAUUGGCAAUUCCAAAAUCUGGAAACCGACUAGAAGACGUCGUUGCUGAGCGUUAUGGUUCAAGCUUUAAAAAAACGGACAUCGUUAUGGCAAACGAUAAGGUGAAAAGUGGUACGGUAAGUAAUCCACAAUAAGUUAUUAUUUAAUCAUCCUACACCUUGCAAACCAUCAAUAGACAAAAAAAUUAGUUAAGGACAAUUAGCAACCUUUAAGACAUAAUCGAUGAGAUUUAUUCCCCAUAGCAAUAUCAAAUAAAUAAAUGAAUAAAAAACGGCAGAGUAUGUUGGUGUAUCUUCGUUCUGUAUUAUACUAGCGUUAGAGUAGAUCAUCAAACCCCAACCCCUAGUUGAAAUACUGUAGGCAAAACGUUCCCAAAGUUAUAUUAUGUUAAAAGCAAAUCGAUUUUGUUGCAUACUGCAGCAUUAUAAAAUGAAAUUCUCGCUUCUCCGCCAACGUUUCAUUGAUUUUUUCUGCCUCCAUAACCUAUAUUGAGGAUCGAGCGUGUUGUUGUGUAGGGGUGUCUCGUGAAACUUCGGUUUUGCGAACCAAUGAGCUCCAGCUGUUGAUCGUUGUGAGGAUAGGCUAUUGAAGAUAAUUGGGUUCUAAUCACUUCGCUUAGCACCUCAGAUAAGAUGCUGCUAAUUGCCGAAGUGUUGAUCAGUUUAGAGAAAUGAACUUGUUACUGUAUGGACAAUAUGUGUUGUGGCUUAAAUUAUGGGGUUUUUUUUAUUGAGUGAGGUGAGUAAACUUUUAGAAAAAUAAGUUUUCCACCCGGAGAAGUUAGCCUAUUCCAAUGUGAUUUGUAUUUGGUGUAGUCUGGCCCUUCUUUUUUAUUUUAUAUUGAAAUUUUUUACAUACUAUUAACGUCUCAAGAUCGCUUACUAUUUUAAGCUGCCUACUCUAAACUUUUAUUUCCCUGACCCCUCUAUCCACACUUCAUUUUCAGCGUCAGCUUCCCACAGCUAUUUAAAUGCCACAAAAAAAAAUAUUGAAAUUUUUUACAUAUUAUCUCAAAUUACCCGAUGUGGCUCGGGUCUCCGUAAAAAUAAAUAUGUAAAUGUUUUUUUUAACAUCUCGGAAGUUUGUAAGGUUUUCCGUUUCUUAACACGUUAAGAACCGCAAAAAAUUCCAAAAUGUGACAAACUACAUCUCGAAAACUACAGGACCAUAUUUUAGAAAUUUGGUAGUUUUGAAGUAGGUAUCUACUAUCUACUUUAAGUGAUGUGUUCGAUUUUGAUGAAUAUCGUUACAUUGUUAAACUUAUAACGUUCGAGUUGUU